GUGAGGGGACGCGGCGCGGGCUGAGGGGGAGCAGGUGCCCGCCCCCGCCUGGGGAAGGAGGCGAGUGUGAGGGCGGCUCCCCGCGGAGCAGCGCGCGCGUCUCCGGCUCCCCGCCGCGGCCAUGGAGGAGGUGCUGCCCUCGGGCUUGCUGGAGAUCUGCGUGCUGGUGGGAGUCUCCGGGGAGAGGGCGAGAGACGCUGCCCAGAUUGCUCAGAAAAAAGAGAGAAACUCUCCUUCCCUUGAUCCAGAAGUUCUGUCAGUUUUUGUGCCUCCAUUUAUCAGCAAAGAGGAGAUUCAAGCGACUAAUAUAAAUAGUAGUAACUUCAAUAAAACAAAACGACGUUCUUUCCGAAAAAAGAGAGAGAGACCUAAGGUUGAAAAUGUGAAAAAUCCAAAUGGGGAACAGAAAGCACCUGAUACUGAAGAUAUUAGUGUUCCAAAAGAUAUUGAUCUUAUUGGCUUGCCACAGCUAUGCUUUCCAGGAGGACUUUACAUAACUUCUGAAUCAAAAGAGGAUCACAUUCAUUUUCUGGUCUUCACAGAUGUCUGUGGUAACAGAACCUAUGGUGUUGUUGCACAGUAUUACCAACCUGUGCAAGAUGGUUAUAUCUCUUCAAAUGGGCAGGCCCACAGGGAAUCUGUGCAGACUGCUAAAGCCUUUGGCUGCUUCAUACCAUUUGCUAUUUGUGUCAUAUCCAGAUAUCCAUAUUUUAAUGCCCUUAAGGACUGUCUCUCUUGCUUACUGGUACAUCUGAGACCUCUCAAGGAUUUAGACGUUGAUGAUCGUAUAAAAGAAUUUGCAGCAAAAUUAUCUUUAAUACCCACUCCUCCACCAGGAACACUCCACUUGAUAUUUAAUAUGAAACCACUUCAAAUAGUCUUUCCAUCACGGGAGGAUCCAGACAGCCCAAUUAUUGACUUGGAUCUUCAUCUUCCAUUACUAUGUUUCAAACCAGAACAGGUGCUACAGAUUAUAACUUGCAUCUUAACAGAGCAGAGGAUUGUUUUCUUUUCUUCUGACUGGGCCCUGCUAACACUCAUAGCUGAAUGCUUCAUGUUGUACCUUCAUCCUAUUCAAUGGCAACACACUUUUGUACCUAUUCUAUCUCGUCAGAUGCUGGAUUUUGUAAUGGCCCCAACGUCUUUUCUUAUGGGAUGUCACGUUGAUCAUUUUGAAGAAGUUAGCCAGGAAGCUGAAGAUUUAAUUCUAAUCAACAUUGAUAAUGGAGACAUUACACAUUCAAAAUCAUCUGUAGAUGAGGUGGUCAUUCCAGAUGUCCCUUCACAAGCAGCAGAAAUAUUUAUAAACAGGGUUGAGAGCCUUCAGUUGCAUUAUGAUCUAGAACUCUGUCACCUCAGCUCCAAUACAGACUUUAUUGAACUACAAAUGCGCAGGAGGGCUUGGCAGCAAAAACUGAAUACUGAAGUUCAGCAGAUUACUUUGCAGUUAAUUGUCAACAUCUUCAGGGAGGUAAAGGACCAUCUAAAUUAUGAACACAGAGUGUUUAAUAGUGAAGAGUUUCUGAAAACAAGGGCACCAGGGGAUCAGCCAUUUUACAAAAAGGUGUUAGAGACCCAUAUAUUUCACUCGUUUCUUAAAGCUCGUCUGAACAGAAAGAUGGAUGCUUUUGCCCGUCUUGAAGUGAGCACUCAGUCUGAAGAAGAUAGAUUAAAUUCAAUGCUUGAUAGCCCAAGAAGACUGACUGUGGAGAAAAUGGCUUCUAAAAGAUUUAACCCUCAAUAUAUGAUUAGUAAACGUAUGGUAAUAAGUAUGCCUAAUCUACAAGAUAUUAAGCCUCAUGAUAGUCCUGCUAGGACUUCAUCACUCCGAAGAUCAGAGACAGAGCGUGCUGUAAAAUUGUCAUCUAAAUCAAUUAGUACAUUCAAGAUCCCAGAAAUUCACUUUCCUCUGAUGAGUCAGUGUGUUCACACCUACUAUACAGAUUUUAUCAAUCAUCUCACCAGAGCUAUAAAUAUUUUACAACAUAAUUCAGCAUUGCUGGCAAGAUAUUUCUACCUUCGCGGACUUAUUGGUUUGAUGCAAGGAAAACUACUGGAUGCGCUUUCAGACUUUCAAAAUCUAUAUAAAACAGACAUAAGAAUUUUCCCUACUGAUCUUGUGAGGAAGAUGGUGGAAACUAUGCCUCCUUCUGAACGUUCCCUAGCAGAGCGCAAACCCGAGUUGAAGAGGUUGGUUAGUCAAGUGAUGGAAAAACAACGAGAAGUUACAAAAGUAGAUGACCAUGUGAAAAAUUUUAAAUUACCAAAAACACACAUGCAGUUGGACGAUUUUGUGAAGCGAAUCCAAGAAUCUGGGAUUGUCAAAGAUAUAGACACAAUACGCCGUCUAUUUGAUGCCUUAACAGUAGGACACCAGAAACAAAUUGACCCUGAAACAUUCAAAGAUUUCUACAACUACUGGAAGGAAACAGAAGCAGAGGCUCAAGAGGUUAAUUUGCCACGCACUGUACUAGAGCAUUUAGAUACAAAUGAAUGUGUCUACAAGUUAUCCUGCUCAGUUAAAACUAAUUAUGGAGUAGGAAAAAUAGCAAUGACGCAGAAGCGCUUGUUCCUUUUGACUGAAGGAAGGCCUGGCUAUGUUGAGAUCACAACUUUCAGGAAUAUAGAGGAUGUUAAAAGUACUACUGUAGCUUUCCUUCUUCUGAGAAUACCCACUCUGAGGAUUAAGUCCGUGUCCAAAAAGGAAGUCUUUGAAGCUAACCUUAAGACAGAGUGUGAUCUUUGGCACUUGAUGGUGAAAGAGAUGUGGGCUGGGAAGAAAAUGGCAGAUGAUCACAAGGAUCCUCAAUAUAUUCAACAAGCCCUGACCAAUGUCCUCCUGAUGGAUGCUGUAGUUGGUGCACUGCAUUCCUCCAAAACCAUUUAUGCUGCUUCCAAACUAUCUUACUUUGACAGGAUGAAAAGUGAAGUGCCCAUGAUGGUCCCAAAAACUACAUCAGAAACACUAAAGCACAAGAUUAAUCCCUCAAUUGGCGAGACUUUUCCACAAGCAGUAGAUGUCUUGCUCUAUACACCAGGGCACCUCGAUGCAGGAGAUAGAAUUGAAGAUGCCCGUCCAAAGUUAUGGUGUGCUUUAAGUGAGGGGAAGGUGAUUGUGUUUGAUGCAUCUACCUGGACUAUUCAGCAACACUGUUUUAAAGUGGGCAGCUCUAAACUGACUUGUAUGGUAAUGGUAGAGCAGAGCCAAGUAUGGAUCGGUUCUCAAGAUGCCAUUAUUUACAUAAUCAACACCCAUAGUAUGUCUUGCAAUAAGCAACUAAAUGACCACCGCGCUCAUGUUAUGGACAUCAUUGUAGAGAACAGGAACAGUGUAUCCAGCGAAGCAUAUUCAUGCAGUUUAGAUGGGACAGUGAUUGCUUGGAACAUUAGCACUUUGAAAGUAAACCGUAGACUUCAACUGCCCUGCAAAGAUCUUUUUUCUGUCAAACUCCAUGACAACCAUCUUUGGUGCUGUACAGGAAGUGGUAUACUUGUAGCAACAACUAAUGGGUCUCCUCGGCAAGAAAUGAAGAUUGAAGAGAAUCUGAAGGAUGUUUGUUUGCAUUUUCUCUGUUUCCAGCUGUUUCCUGAGGGGGACCAAGUAUGGACGUCAUGUUCAGGAAGUAGUGACCUGUAUAUUUGGAAUGCAACAGAUCUCUCCAGAAUGCCUCAAAAGAUUCAUCUUCAAGACUGUUCUGAGAUUACCUGUAUGAUAAAAGUAAAAAGUCAGAUCUGGAUUGGCAGCAGAGGAAUAUCCCAGGGCAAAACCAGGGGAAAGAUCUACGUGAUAGAUGCUGAAAAGAAAACUGUGGAGAAGGAGUUGGUGGGCCAUGCUGAUACGGUGAAGGCACUGUGCUCUGCAGAGGACAGAUAUGUUCUUAGUGGUUCUGGAAGGGAAGAAGGGAAGAUUGCUAUUUGGAAGGUUGAAUAGAUUUAAUUUUUCCAAGUGUGUGUAAAUACCAUUGUUGGAAAACUUACCAGUUUGGAUUUUGUUACUCCAACUUCACCCUUCAGAUGUCUUUAACAAUGCAUCAGUGUUAUUUUUAAUUUAUUAGUAUCGUUUCAGUGGUAACUACAUUAUUGUAGUAUAUAGAAACAAAAGGGAAUUUCUGUUUGCACCCUGUCAUGAUCAGCCACGAUCUGCACUCUCAGUAAGGAACUGGAAGACUGAGUAGAGAGAUCACUAGAUUUUUAAACCUCGGAGAUUACAUUUUACAAACAUGGCCCAUAAUCUUGACCUUUCAUGACAAAGUUCUUUGCUAAGGUAAUUUGACUUCAGUGAAGCUGAACCAGCAGAGAGUAUUGCUCAAUAAUUCAGUUUGAGCGAGUUCUUAAAGAUACAUAAGUAUCAUCCUACAAAAUAAUAAUUUUGAUAUCUUGACAGCUGGAAAUGUUUGUCUGGAAAAAUAUUAAAUUUGACUGAUUCAUCAUGGGUGAUAGAAUUACUGUAAAUUCAAAGUAUCUUUCUAAACUGGCAGCCCGAUUAACACCAGGAUGACUUUCCAUUCCUGCUGUAUCUGUAUUUAUGGGGCGUUAUAUAAAAUGCUGACUUUCCCUAAUAGCACUUGUUGUCUGCUGGUGUGCCAAGAUAUUUGGCUAUUUCCAGUUAUGGCAACUUUAAGAAGUAAGCAUUCCUUUAAAAAACAAGUGUAGAAUAUUUGGGACCUGACAAGUUCUUAGGAAUGGAACCAGAGCUGUAGUAGCUCUGUCUUUGGCAAAUUUAAUUUCAAUAUAUUAUAUGCUUGCUAGUGGCAGCAACAUUUCUUGGAGCUAUGCAAACAAACCCCACCCCAAUACCACUCCAUUAACUGGGACUGCCCAGCUAGCUUAGCCUGUUAUGACGACCCUCUGUAAUUUAGAUUCCCUGCACCAGACAUGCAAAAAAGAUUUGUGUAUGUCCUUGAACCCUAGCCAAUGGGGAAGUGCCUUGCAAGUCCGAAAAAAAAUCUACUGUUGAUCUACAAUUAUGGCUGAUUUGGCAGAAAAAAAAAUAUAUUUUGUCCAUACUUGUCUCCCGGAGCCAUAGAGGCUGACCUGUUUUGGGACUGUCCCAGGAUACAGUCCUUUUGGCUGCCGGAGGAUUAAUACGAUAUUGGAUACCUCCAUAAAAUGACUUCCAAGAGCUGCGUUUUGGGAUAUAGCCCAUUAUCUUGGAAACAUCCCAGCUUCACCGAAUGCUUGGCUCUCCAGUGCACUGCUUGUAGACAAAUGACUGAUACGGCUUAGCUGGAAGAGCAGACUGCAUCCAGGGGGAGCAGCCUGGCACAUAGACUUUGCUGACCGGGCAGCUAAAGAGCCGGUAAUGUUUUGGAGAGGCGGGACCUCCGACAAAUUUGAAAAGAUUUGGUCUGACUUUUUAGAAACCUGAUGGAAACAGAUGUUGCUCUCCUUUCCAAUCCCUGCCCCCGUCCUGCCUUUCCUUUCCCUCCCUCCCCACUCCUUUACUUCUUUGUUCUUUUUGCUUUCGUUGCUCCCUUAUUUUGGGAGGGCAGAGGGGGUGACAAUUGCAAUAAAAUAUAACUAGAGAAAUAAAACACAAAAAGGACUGCCAUUAUUUAGCUCCGAACAUACCUAAGAAAAUAAUUCAACUUAUUUUUAAGUUACAUGAAGGCACCAUAUGCUAUCACACAGAGAGUGCGAAAUAAUUGAAAAUAAAUGCCAUUGUACUGUGGUCUGGUGUUCCAUUUGGCUUAUGCUUCCUAGUAACUUCCUUUCAGGAAAUUGUGUGAGUUGGAGAACUAUACAUAUGUGCAGAAUAGUUGUGUCUAUAUCAACGCGGGAUAAAGUAGAAUAUAUAAUUGCUAUAAAAUACUGUAAAUAGAUGGAAAAAUCAGCUGCUACUUUUUUUGUUAACAUAUAUAACCCUUAGUAGUGCAGGGCUAAUAGAAAUAUUGUUAUAUAAACUAUUGAUAAUCUCUAUGUUAAGUCUUUCAGUCUGGGUAUUUGAUAAUAGCUGAAACUCUCUUGUCAUUUGUUCAGUCACUGAAAAAACGAAUAUGAGAAACAGAAUAUUCAACACUAUUGCAAUUCUAGCCUCUCUUUGUAACUUGUUUUUAUUUCCAUGUAAUUCAACACACCACAAGGACCUAAAUUUACACUUAUGGCCAGCAUCUGCUGGGUGUAGCAGAGAUAAGGCUG